AUGGCCCAACAGUUGGAGUGCCAGUUGGCAUUUAUCAAGGAGCUGCAGCAGCAGAUGGCCGAGUUAAAAGCAGCCAACAUGGCCGCGAAGCAGCCGGUCCAACAUCAGCAGGAGCAACAGCAGCAGUUAAUCGUACAGCAGCGGCAACAACAGCAGGAGCAGAGGAAGCAGCAGCGACAACAGCAGCAGCAGCAGCAACGACAGGAACAGCAAAAUGAAGAAGAUGACGGCAUGUGCCCGGAGGUCAUCAUAGAGGAGGAGGAAGGAGACCCCUUCAACUUCGUCGUCCGAAAAAAGAAGUCAGCAAAUAGGACUAAGAAUUUGAAGUAUAAUCAAAUGAAUAAAAUAAAAGGAAGCAACAAAACCGGACAAUAUUGCAAUACAAUGCAAUUUGGAACUGAAAUCACUGAAAUAAAACCAUUCUAG